AGUUAAACCCCUCCCGCUCAGCCGCUCGUCAGUCCCUCACUCAGUGUCAGAAACAAAAGCACCCGCCUUUACACCUUAUCCACUGCCGUAUGCCCUCCAAAUGUCCGCCUUCCUCCUCCCCUCCUCCGUCACUUCCUUCCCCGCCUUCUCCCGCAACUUCAAAUGCCCCAACGACGCCGUUUCCCUCGUCGUACGCGCCUCGGCGGUCUCCGCCCCCGAGAAGAGAGUUAGAAGGAAGCGGAGGCAGACCAAGGGCGACGACGACUCCUCUUCUCCUUCCCCUUCCUCCUCCGCCGCCGAGAAGAACCUCCGCUUCGCUUUCAUGGAGGAGCUCAUGGUCCGGGCUCGCAAUCGCGACGCCGAUGGAGUCUCUGAUGUCAUUUACGACAUGGUCGCCGCCGGCCUCGCCCCCGGCCCUCGCUCCUUCCACGGCUUGAUCGUAGCUCACGCUCUCAACGGAGACGCCGAGGGGGCGAUGCAAUCACUGAGAAGGGAAUUGAGUACGGGGCUUCGGCCUCUCCAUGAAACGUUCAUUGCGCUGAUUCGGCUGUUUGGAUCAAAAGGUCGAGCUAUAAGGGGAUUAGAAAUUCUUGCUGCCAUGGAGAAAUUGCAAUACGACAUUCGCCAAGCUUGGCUUCUUCUUGUUGAGGAGCUCGUUCGGACCCGCCAUUUAGAAGAUGCCAACAAAGUGUUCUUGAAGGGUGCCAAAGGUGGGCUCAGAGCAACUGAUGAGGUCUACGAUCUUCUUAUUGUGGAGGAUUGUAAAGCUGGGGAUCAUUCUAAUGCAUUGGAUAUUGCCUAUGAAAUGGAGGCUGCAGGGCGGAUGGCAACAACCUUUCAUUUCAAUUGUCUUCUUAGUGUGCAGGCUACUUGCGGAAUUCCUGAAAUAGCAUUUGCUACGUUUGAGAACAUGGAGUAUGGAGAUGAACACAUGAAACCUGAUACAGAGACAUAUAAUUGGGUGAUCCAAGCAUAUACCAGAGCUGAAUCUUAUGACAGAGUACAAGAUGUUGCUGAGUUACUUGGCAUGAUGGUUGAAGACCACAAGCGUUUGCAGCCUAAUAUGAAAACCCAUGCGUUGUUAGUUGAGUGCUUUACAAAGUAUUGUGUAGUUCGAGAGGCAAUACGGCAUUUUCGUGCCCUCAUAAGAUUUGAAGGAGGAACAAAAGCUUUACAUAAUGAAGGAAACUUUGGGGACCCCCUGUCUUUGUAUCUUCGAGCUUUAUGUCGAGAAGGAAGAAUGGUCGAGUUGCUAGAAGCUUUAGAAGCCAUGGCCGCGGACGACCAAACAAUUCCACCACGAGCUAUGAUUUUGAGUAGAAAGUACCGGACACUGGUGAGCUCAUGGAUUGAACCUUUGCAAGAGGAAGCUGAACUUGGACAUGAGAUAGAUUACAUGGCCAGGUACAUUGCAGAGGGUGGGCUUACCGGUGAGCGCAAGCGAUGGGUGCCUCGAAGAGGGAAAACUCCACUAGAUCCUGAUGUUGAUGGGUUUAUAUAUUCAAACCCUAUUGAAACCUCAUUCAAGCAAAGAUGUCUUGAGGAGUGGAAGAUACACCACAGAAAGCUUUUGAGAACGCUACGAAAUGAAGGAGUUGCAGCUUUAGGAGAUGACGCCUCUGAGUCAGAUUAUGUUAGAGUUGAGAUGAGGUUAAGGAAAAUUAUAAAGGGCCCUGACACGAAUGUUUUAAAGCCCAAGGCUGCUAGUAAGAUGGUUGUAUCUGAAUUGAAAGAAGAACUAGAAGCACAAGGUCUGCCAACUGAUGGUACCAGAAAUGUUCUCUACCAGCGUGUCCAAAAAGCAAGGAGAAUAAACCGCUCUCGUGGUCGACCCCUCUGGGUUCCUCCUGUGGAGGAGGAAGAAGAAGAGGUUGAUGAAGAGCUUGAUGAACUAAUCUCACGUAUCAAGCUAGAAGAAGGAAAUACAGAGUUCUGGAAGCGCCGUUUCAUGGGAGAAGGCUUGGGUACUGAUCAAGAAAAGGCUCUAGAUGUUUCGGAUAGUGCCACUGUUGAUGAUGUUGCAAAAGAUGUGGAGAAUGACGAAGCUGACGAUGAUGAUGACGAAGACGAUGAUAAUGAGGAUGAUGAUGAUGAUGACGACGAUGAGGAGGAGGAGGAAGAAGAGGAGGUAGAGGCAGAGGUAGAGGUAGAACAAGCUGAGAGACAGGAUGUAGAAAGAGUUAAGGAAAAAGAAAUUGAAGCCAAGAAACCUCUUCAAAUGAUUGGAGUGCAGUUAUUGAAAGAUUCUGACCAAACAAGUACGACAUCUAAAAAAGCAAGGAGAAGAUCUCGAAUGUCAGCUGAGGAUGAUAAUGACGAUGACUGGUUUCCUGAGGACAUAUUCGAGGCAUUUAAGGAGCUGAGGAAAAGGAAAGUUUUUGACGAAUCUGACAUGUACACGCUAGCUGAUGCUUGGGGUUGGACGUGGGAAAAAGAAUUGAAGAACAGAGCUCCUAGAAGAUGGUCACAGGAAUGGGAAGUUGAGCUGGCGAUUAAAAUUAUGAUGAAGGUGAUGGAAUUGGGUGGAACACCCACCAUUGGUGAUUGUGCCAUGAUUUUGCGUGCAGCGGUAAGGGCUCCUUUGCCGUCAGCUUUCUUGAAGAUCUUACAGACGACGCAUAGUCUUGGUUAUGUAUUCGGCAGUCCUCUUUACGAUGAAAUCAUCUCGCUGUGUCUUGAUCUCGGGGAGCUAGAUGCAGCCGUUGCAAUUGUUGCAGACAUGGAGACGACCGGAAUCACAGUCCCAGACGAGACAUUGGACAGGGUGAUUUCUGCUAAGCGGACAACCUGAUAGCACUGUCAACGGUAGUUGCAAUGCAAGGGUUAAAAUUUGUCAACAGUUCUCCCUUGCUGUGUAACUAGAACUAAAUUUUGCCCUUGUUUAAAUGUUUUUAAAAGCAGCUUCUUACAAAAGUUGGGGCCCCACUUGUGUUUGGUAAAUGAAAAAAAAAAAAAAAACGCUGUUUUUCAAAA